GCUCAGCUCAGCUCUCAGCCAAAGCCCUUCCUGGCAAGAUGAAUCCUACCGGCUUCUUCCUCCUUACAGUGCUCCUGGUUCUGGUGACAGAAACAGCUUCAAGGAAAACCCGUGAAAAAUUCUCACAAGCAUCUGAAGAAGACAUUGAUCUAAAGGCACUGGGGGGCAGCGGAAGAUCCAGUUCUUCCCACGACGAGUACAGCCGCAGUGAGAGCUCAUGGAACUCCUUUAAAUCAAAAAGUCCGAAAACCGUCAUCAGCAGCGAGGAAGUCUAUGAGGAAAGGAAGCAUAAACAGCGUAGUGGGGACAGCAGUGAUGGUGACAGGGCAGGCGAAUCUUCCGGGGAAAUGGAGCACUUCAUACGGCGAAAGGAGAAGCAGCGGUUUGGACAAGAAAUGAAUAAGUGAUACAGCUACGGACCAGCUGAAGGCCUGCAUCAAUAUGAAGGAGUCACAUUGUCGGAAUGAAGCCUCCAUCUUCAGAAUGGAGACAUCUCAUGGAUUUCAAUUGCUUCUCAUACUUGCUUUUUCAGAUUCCUAAGCCUAACAUUUAUUAAAAAUACCCUCUUUCUAAUAAAAAGACAACAUUCUGCAUCAUUAA